GGCGCUCAGAGGAUUAGUCUCAGUUACACUCCAAAUAAGCCAAUGACGGUCAAACAAAUACUUAGUAACUUCCAGAACAUGGACAAACUCGAGAAAGGACCGAAAGAAAUCUUCACGCCAGAAAUACAAAAGGACCUGCUGCUAUUGGAGGAACAAGAGGGCUCCGUCAACUUCAAGUUCGGUAUCCUCUACAUGAAGGCGGGACAAACUUCUGAUGACGAGGUCCUUAGUAAUGACUCACCCUGCCGCGAGUUCGACACCUUCCUCGGCCUUCUGGGAGAGAGGGUGAGGCUGAGGAACUGGGACAAGUUCAGAGGAGGACUCGAUGUCAAGGGUGACAUGACGGGUCGACACUCCGUCUACACGAUUUAUGAGGGACACGAAAUUAUGUUCCAUGUGUCGACUAUGUUGCCGUUUUCCAAGGACAAUAAACAACAGGUCGAAAGAAAACGGCACAUUGGCAACGACAUCGUCAACAUCGUCUUCCUCGACGGCAGCGUGGAUGACAUGGCCAACUUCUCGCCUUCCUUCUUGAAGUCUCAAUUCACACACGUGUUCGCCCUCGUGUCCUACAGCAGCGAAGACGACUCCUACCGCCUGCACGUCUACUCGGAGGAGACGGUGCCGCUGUUCGGGCCCUCGCUGCCCUGCCCGCCCGUCUUCUACAACAGGGAGGAGUUCAGGGAGUUCCUUCUCGUCAAACUUAUCAACGGCGAGAAAGCGACCUUCAACACGCCCACCUUCUCGCAGAAGAGGGAGCGGACGCUGGACAUGCUCAUCAAGGACUUGUAUCAGGAGCAUAUCAACGACAAUCGAGGUCCCUCGCCAGCCAUGUCAGCGACUGCCGACAAGACGCUUCGGUCGCAACAGAGUGAAACAUAUGGGACUCUCUCAGACUGCAAGGUGGAAGUUAUGUUCUUGAAACUCACAGAAGGCUCCACAGGGUCUCCCUCAUCUUCCACUCCUGCUCUGCACACCAGGCCCUGGGAACCUCAGUGUUACUACCCCGAUUUCCCUUACGAAGUCGUGUGCGGUGACUCCUGGGGCGACAACCGACUCCUGCUGGCGACGAGUGAGGGCACGUUCCUGGUUGAAGGCCGCGACAGCAAGAUCCACGUGUUCAGACUCUCAGACUUCGAGUGCGAGGACGAGCGCGUGAAGACGAAGGCCGACCUCAAGGACCACCGCCUCGAGAGGACCAAAGGAUGCCACCUGUACGCCAUCUCGAGGCCGGGAGGAUCGCACCUCAGGAUGGUCGUAGCUGUGAACAAGAAGCUCCUGGUCCUCCAGUGGCGACACUCGGCUGCCUGGACUGCCUGGUGUCCGGCCUCUGACACCGACACCGUUGAUGGAUUCCAGUUCAUUAGGGAGAUUUCCGUGGCCGAGUCGCCGUCCCUCAUAACGCUGGUGGACUCCCCUCUGGUCUCGUCGGCAGGAGGACUCAGCGACAACAAGAUUUGCAUCGGUUACAAACACCAGUGGGACCUCGUGAGUGAGCGAACCGGCGAGAUUAUAAAGCUCCACCACAUUGACGCGUCGAAGGUCAACCUCGUCGCCGCUCUCGACAUCUACGAGGACGAUGAGGCCGAGUUGCUCCUUUGUCAUAACAACACAUGCCACUUCCAGAAGCUGACGGAGGAGUGUUCCAAUGAGUUUGACUUCCAGUGGAACUCUGUCCCAGAAGCCAUUGUGUGUGCCUUCCCCUACAUCCUAGCCUUCACUCAGGAUAGCAUAGAGAUUCGACUUAUUAUUAACGGUAAUCUCGUACAGACUAUGGUUAUGCCUCGGUUAGCCUUCAUCACGUCUAAGAGUGACAUCUUCUUCGCCACGACUGCUCCAGAAUUCUUCACCCUUCGGAGAGAGAGAGUCAGAGUAGAUAGAUUGGAGAGGGACCCCAGCCUCUCGCCUCCGCCAUCUCCCCACGGCAAGGAACUCACAGUGCUGGACCGCGACGCAGUGAAGCCGUUCCGCAUCUACCGCAUUCCCUUCCGCUGCCUGACGGGGGCGACCACCUGCGAGCGGCGCUGCCCCACGCCCUCCGCGCCCCUCCACCCGCCGGUGCUGGGCGACGGGGAGGACGCGCCGGGGUCGGGGGGGGCCGCGGGCGCCGACGUCUGCAGCGGGAGGACGGGGAUGCACCUGAGGGUCUCGGACCAGCGCUACGCCAGCAGGUCCUGCACGGCGUCGCCCACCACCACCCUCCCCCUCGCAGGCCUUCCCGGGCUGCCCCCCUCCCUCGGGCUCCCCCCCCGUGAGCUCGUCCAAGGGCUCCCCCUCGCACCUGCCCACCUACCAGAAGCAGAGGGACCGCACCAACUCCCUCACCGUCGACGCCGGGAGCAGCCUCCUCCUCCACCAGGGACGGCCCCCGCUCCACCACCCCCACCACCACCAUCACCACCACCACCACCACCACUCCCCCGUCAAGUGAAAACCGCCGUAGCGCCGCCUCCGCUACUGCCGACGGUGAGACAACCCAAUUCCUCCGUGUCUUCAAGGGACAGAGACAUGACGAUCGAGACCGGGACCACGAAGCCACACCUACACCCGAGACCGCAGACACACACGGAACACCUCCUUCACACAUCACUCCCAAAGCUGGACAGGAUUCCAUCUCGACCUUCACAGCUGGAUAUCUUUCUCAUCCCAUCCAACAGAUGUGAUUCACCAAACGCCCAACAAUAUGCCACACUAUAUCACAUAUCACACCAUCAACGACAGACUAAUUGAUAUCAAAAACAGGCGAUACACGAAAAAUUAAAGAGAGGAUGCAGAUAACAGGAAUACACAUUCACUAAGAACAGAGAAGAGAAGCCACGCUAAAAUGCCACAUUAAAUACGAUGAUUAUCCAUAAAGGUACAUCAUCCAGUAAUAGUAAUUGUUUCAAGUGCUGUAUUAUACAAUAUCAUAACCUUAGAUAUAAGCAGAAUAUAUAUUCAUUAUUCCCCACCACCAUAUUCGAGUAAGUCCCUAUUCUUACUCUGCACUUGGUUUUGAUUCUUUUUUGAUUGGUUUGAGUUUAUAGAUUCAAGUAUUUUGAUUUUUGCUUUUCCCCGUUUAUGGAUAUAUUCCUAGAACACACGUGGCUAUAGAGGAACAUUUUUAAAAAGAUAUCUGAGCACAAACAUCUGCACAAAAUAUGUCUAAUGUCAUAGUACCAACUCUUACCAUAUAAUUCAUACAUGUAUAAGUAGUAGAAUCAGCUUGGGUGCGAUGCCACGCUGCAUCUUGAUCUAAGCAAGUUUUUUAUCCCUUAUCAGUAGCCAUGAAUGAUUAACAACAAAAUUAUAAAUUCCAGUUAUGUACCUGUCUUUGCGCCCCCCCCCCUUUUCCCCUUUAAAGCACACUAAUUUGAUUCCUCUUUAUUUUCUAUAAAUGAUAAUAUGGCAAUGGAUUCCUUUUGCUUGUUUAAGACGCCUACAUGUCCAACGUUUAAGUACUUAUCAUGAUAUCUACGACACACCCAGAGAUCCUUGU